UCUCUCACGCACACCACUACCCGGCACGUCGCUGCGCACCGACUCGUGAGAGCUCGAGCUGUCAAAAUGUGAAAAAAUAACAUUUUUCUACCUUUCCUCCUGUGCGUGUGGUGCGUGUUCCUCUGGACGUAGCUGACAUCAGCAUUAGGAAAGGAGAUUUUUCCGCUGUUAGAUUAUCGAAAAACAUGCAUUAAAUUAUACGGAAACAUCAGAUUCCGUAGUGCAGUUCAAUGUAAUCGUACUAGGUAGCACGAAAAUUGGCAGCCGCAAGCUGGAAGCACUCGCCUUCUCUUCCGGGUAGUGAAGCAGGAAAGAGGUUUCCGAACGACUGAGGGCCAUUCCGAAUAAGCUAUUAGCAGUAGGUGACGAAGUUCAUUAUGGAUCGACACGGCUCAAGAAUGGCAUCGAUCUAUUGAAAAUGGCAUCACCUUCUACGUAAUUACGGAUGUGAUAUGAUCUGAGCUAGAGCAUCCCCAUAAUUCUGCACGACAAAAACAUUUCGAGUCAAAUUUUAGUUCAUAAGGACAACCGAUGAGUGAUCGCUGAUUUCGUUAAGGAAAAUAGCCAGGGAGUCACAAAAAUGGAAGUGUCCCGGCCACCCGUCAUGAAAAUUGCCAGCUGUAGCAAGCCAUUUCAGUGUUCGGAGUGCGAUAAGCAAUUCCGACAGCUCAGCACUCUUACAAACCACAUGAAAAUUCAUACAGGCGACAAACCAUAUAAAUGCACAAUAUGCUCGAAAGAGUUCCGCCAGACUACCACUCUAUCGAAUCAUAUAAAAAUACAUACAGGUGAAAAGCCAUUUCACUGCACUUAUUGUGGCAAACAAUUCCGGCAGCUGAGUACACUUUCGAAUCAUCUUAAAAUACAUACUGGUGAAAAGCCCUACGAAUGUUCCGUUUGUGGUAAACAGUUCCGACAGUCUAGUACGCUUAAUAGUCACAUUAGGAUCCAUUCGGACGAUAAGUAUUCUGUGAAACCCUUCAAAUGCACAAUGUGUCCCAAGGAGUUCCGCCAAACUACGACCCUGUCAAACCACCUGAAAAUUCACACAGGUGAAAAGCCCUACACUUGUACAUAUUGCAAUAAAAGUUUUAGACAGACAGGAACGCUCUCGAAUCAUAUGAAAAUUCACACCGGAGAAAAGCCCUACGAGUGUGCUGUUUGCCAAAAACAGUUUAGACAGUCCAGUACGUUAAAUUCUCAUAUCCGAAUCCACACCGACGACAAGAUUUGCAAAACAUCGUCUUCGCCCGUUCCCGUACCAAUGCCGAUUACGACCAUCACCAUGAAGCUCGAGGAUAUUAAGCCGCUGUACACGAUAAUUUAAUAAGUAUACGAACUGACCGAAACAGCAAGCAAACCAGUCUAUCCCACUUACAACGUCGUUUAGCAAAAUUAAUCAGUUGAUCCCACGGCAGAGCUUCGAUGAUGAGAUGAACAUGUGAACCACGUAAACAUGUGCUAAUCCAAUUACGUUUGAUAACUUUCA